GGCCGGCGCAGAGCGGCAGCGCGGUGCCCGGGCUCGGAGCGGCGCCGCGCCUUCCCCGGCCCCUGUCCCGGCUCGCCCCGCUGCCGCUGAGCCCGCGGCGGCUGAGUCCGCGGCGCCCGGCCGGCCUCGCACCUGCCGGAGCCCAGGCGGGACCCCUCUUCCUGGGCCGGUGUCGAUGCUGAGCGGGCCGGGGGCACUGCCCGCCUCCCCCGCGCCAUGGACGGCUUCUACGAUCAGCAGGUUCCCUUCAUGGGCCCCGGGAAGUCCUGUGCAGAGGAGGGCCGAGGCCGGCCGGGGUCCGAGAGGAAAAGGAAAUUUUUGGAGACCGACUUGGCCCACGACUCGGAAGAGCUCUUCCAGGAUCUCAGCCAGCUCCAAGAGGCCUGGCUAGCUGAAGCUCAGGUCCCCGAUGAUGAACAAUUUGUCCCAGAUUUCCAGUCUGACAACUUGGUCCUGCACGCCCCACCUCCGGCAAAGAUCAAGCGGGAGCUGCCCAGCCCGUCCUCGGAGCUGUCAUCCUGCAGCCACGAGCAGGCUCUCUGUGCUGGCUAUGGGGACAAGUGCCUCUACAACUGUUGUGCCUAUGACAGGAAACCCCCCGCCGGGUUCAAGCCAUUAACGCCGCCCGCCACGCCGGUGUCCCCCGCGCACCCUGGAUCGGCCCUGCCACCACCGCCGCCACCACCGGCCCCGGCCGUGCCGGCCGCUGCCCACGGGGCGGCCCCGGCCCCGCACGCGCUGCAGGAGCAGCGGCAGCAGCAGCAGCAGCCCUUUGCUGUGCCACGGCCACCACACCCGCCCAUGCACAUGCCAAAGAUGAUGUCUGAGAACCAAUACCCCACAGAGCACAGGUUUCAGAGGCAGCUGUCUGAGCCCUGCCACCCCUUUCCACCACAGCCCGGGGUCCCAGGGGACAGCCGCCCCGUCUACCACCGGCAGCUGUCGGAGCCCCUGGGCCCGGCUGCCCCCCGCCCCCCUCAGGGAUUCAAGCAGGAGUACCAUGACCCGCUCUACGAGCCCAGUGGCCCCAGCCUGCCUGGCCCCCCUGGCCACGGCUUCCAGCCCCCCAUGGGCAUCAAGCAGGAGCCCCGGGACUACUGCAUUGACUCAGAAGUGCCUAACUGCCAGUCCUCGUACCUACGGGGGAAUGUCUUCCCCAGCAGCCAUGACGGAUUUUCAUAUGAAAAGGACACACGAUUGUAUUUUGAUGACACGUGCGUGGUACCGGAGAGGCUGGAGGGUAAAGUGAAGCAGGAGCCCACCCUGUACCGCGAGGGCCCUCCUUACCAGCGGCGUGGGUCCCUGCAGCUCUGGCAGUUCCUCGUCACCCUCCUGGAUGACCCUGCCAAUGCCCACUUCAUCGCGUGGACUGGCCGGGGCAUGGAGUUCAAGCUGAUCGAGCCUGAGGAGGUAGCGCGGCGCUGGGGCAUCCAGAAGAACCGGCCAGCCAUGAACUACGACAAGCUCAGCCGCUCCCUGCGCUACUACUAUGAGAAAGGCAUCAUGCAGAAGGUUGCCGGUGAGCGGUACGUCUAUAAAUUCGUCUGUGACCCCGACGCCCUCUUUUCCAUGGCCUAUCCCGACAACCAGCGCCCUUUCCUGAAGACAGAGCCCGACUGCCCGGUGCCAGAGGAGGAGACAGUGCCGCUGACGCACUUCGAGGACAGCCCAGCAUUCCUUCUGGAGAUGGAUCCCUGUGGCAGCCUUCCCUAUGCAGAGGGCUUCGCCUACUGACUCGGCCGGCCGGCAGAGCCAUUGGCACUAGCGCAUCCACCUGGGGCAAACAUUGUUUUCUAAAAAAUAUUUUUGGCUGUUCAUAAGGAAAAAAAAAAAAAGCACCCAACGACAAACCGCGUGGGUGCACACACAAAUUGGAGGGAUCUAAAACACCCCGCGUGUGUCACCGAUGAAUUCCCACCCUUCCUGUCCAAGGGCUAGUGCACAGGACUUGCCCGUGGCCGGCACCUCCUGCCACACAUCAGCGUGAUGUUUUGGGGCGCCGGGAGCCUAAAGCUGCAGUGUCUGCCCCAGGCUCUGGCUCUGGCAGUGCCCCAGGACUGGGCUGCGUGGCCGCCGAGCCAAUUGUCACGACAAUCUGCUUUGCAUCGAGCACAAUCCGCGUAGCUGCCUUGUGUGGUGGAAAGGGCUUUGAUUUGCACAGAGAGGAGGGAUGCAGGGGGGCUGCCUUGGCCAGCACCCCAGAGCUGAUGUGUGCAGCAUCCUACCCCAACCCUGAGAAGCCUUCUGCCUUCUUCCCGAACCCCCCUCCUCAUAUAACCUGUUGUUCCCAUAUAAUCCACUGCAUCCUCUCCGUGUCCCCUUCGAUCCUCCUCAGCUCUGGCUGCAGCCCAUGGGUUGCAUUUUAGGGGAGGAGACCCUGACACUAAUUCCCUCCUUGUUUUGGUUUUUUUUUUUUGUUUUUGGGGUUUUUUUUGAUGUUUUAGGAAAAUAAGAAAGGUUUCUAAACUGAUUUUUGUAGAUUUUUUGUAUUUUAAGGCAAAGCUAUUUUUUGCAGCCCGGCUGCUGUUCCCGGAGCCCCUGGAGACACCCCCAUGGCUUUCCCGGUGGCACGCUUGCAAGGGCAGCCCUCAAUGCCUGUGGCUCCCUGGGAUGGCUGCCGAAGGAUCUAGUCCACUCCAUUUCACUGCUCCAGUCCUCUUUCCCGGGGAGCCGGGACUGAACCCCGGUGUCGGCUCAGCUGCGCUCCCCCCGCUCGGCAUGGCCUCGGAGCUGGGCUGUAAGGCUGAGGUGGGCAGGGAUGGGGGGUCCCCCACCCCCCUUCCUGGGUACCCCACUUCUCUCCAGCUCCCCCCUCCCCGCUGCACCUCCUAACACUCAUCCACCACUCGUAUAUCCAUACCUGCCUCCCCCGCACCAGGCUACAUGUUUUCAUUGUAAAUGCUGUAUAGGAAUUUUUUUCUCUUCUUUAGUUAGCUUCGGUUGGAAUUUUUUGGGGUUUGUUUGGUUUUGGUUUUUUUGGUUUUUUUUUUUUGUCUGAUUCAUUCUUUUUUGGGGAAGUAUGAAGAUUAACUCACGAAGACUCGGUUACUCUCCCCAUGGGGGCUGCAGUGACCUGUACCCAUGGGGAGCAUUCGGUUUUUGGGAACCCCACCUUGGGGACAGGGUUUUAACCAUUUGCUCGGUGUGGCAGGUCUGCAGUGCAGAAGGGGUUAAUCUGAGGACUGAUUUGAAAUCUCUUUACUCAAGCAGGGCUAUGUAUCUCCUGCAAAGCUGCAUUACAUUCUGUACUGUGUACAAUAAAGGAUCUUGCUUCAUGUUCCUCCCAGGCUA